AUGGCCUGGCAACUCUCAGCUAUCCUCGCAGGACACAAGGGCGAUGUCAAGGCUCUCAUUGCCCCAACAGACGACCUGAUUGCGUCCGUUUCCCGCGACAAGUCGCUUAUUACCUGGAAGAGAGAAUCCAACAACAAAUAUACACAGGACAAGACCUUCAACGGACACACCAAUUACGUCAACUCCGUCGCCUUUAUCGGCGCAUCGGAGGCCAACCCACAUGGACUAAUUGUUACUGGUGGAAGUGACAGAUUGAUCAACGUUUGGGACCCCGAGGAUUCCAGCUCGCCAGUUUAUACUCUUGUCGGACACACCGACAAUGUUUGCUCGCUUUUCGCCGACACAGAUGGGCACAUUGUUUCUGGUUCUUGGGACAAGACCGCCAAGAUCUGGAGGAACUGGCAAUGCGUCUACACACUCGAGGGUCACACUCAAGCCAUUUGGGGAGUUCUGGAGCUCGAGCACGAGAUCAUUGUGACAGCAUCUGCCGACAAGACGAUAGCCAUGUGGAAGGACGGCAAGAAGAUCAAGACUAUCACUGGCCAUGAGGACUGUGUAAGAUCGUUGGCUCUUUUGCCCGGCAUUGGAUUUGUAUCUUGUGGAAACGAUGGCGCAGUUAUUGUCUGGUCAAACAACGGCGAUCCUGUCCAGGCUCUCGACGGACACACGUCAUUCGUCUACUCCCUGGCAACACUUCCUACUGGAGAAAUAUUUUCAAGUGGCGAAGAUCGUACAGUUCGUGUCUGGGAGCAUGGCAAGUGCACGCAAACUAUUAUUCAUCCAUGUGUCUCUGUUUGGUGUGUUGCUGCUCUUCCCAAUGGUGAUAUUGUCAGCGGAGGCUCAGAUGGAUUUGUCCGCGUUUUCACAAGGACCGCAGAGCGUGUCGCUGAUUCCGAUACUUUGAAGGCAUACGACGAAGAAAAUGCCGCAACGGCCAUUCCCUCUAACCAAGUUGGUGAUAUCAAGAAGGAUGAUCUCCCCGGCCCCGAGGCAUUGGGGCAACCAGGAAAGAAGGACCAGGAAGUGAAGAUGGUUCGCGUUGGAAACACAGUCGAGGCGCAUAUGUGGUCUAACGCAGGACAAGAGUGGUCCAAGAUCGGCGAAGUUGUUGAUGCUGUUGGCCAAAACAGAAAACAACUCUAUGGUGGCAUCGAGUACGAUCAUGUGUUUGACAUCGACGUUGGUGAAGGAGUCCCUGCACUCAAGCUGCCAUUCAAUGUCACCGAGAAUCCUUACACUGCAGCUCAGGAGUUCUUGACAAGGCACGACCUUCCUCAGGUGUACCUGGAUCAAGUUGCGGACUUUAUCACCAAGAAUGCUCGCGCUGUUUCACAAGGAGCCGCUGCUGCGACUGGCGACCCCCUCACUGGUGGAUCUCGAUACACUCCUUCUCAGAAUACUUCCUCAGGAUUCGGAUCUUACAACCCCUGGGGGAAUGACACACCCAAACCCCAGCCCGCCGUCAAGCGACUGAUCCCUCAGUUACUUAACGUGCCUUUCAAGGAUGCCAAUCUGCCUGCCAUCCAGAAAAAGUUGCUUCAGUUGAACACAGAGUUAGCCCCCUCGGGCGUUGCACUUGACAGCGCAGAGUUAGUUCAGCUGGACAGUCUCUUCAAGUUUUUGGGAGCUCCUCCCAAGCAACCAGUGGCCCAGCCUCAGUACUUGGCACUUUUGCUCAAGAUUUUCAACACAUGGCCCGAGACUUCUCGAUUCCCAGCUCUGGACUUGCUUCGUCUGCUGGCCUUGUACUCCAAGGACCCAAUCGAGAGUCCCGAUCUCCUCAAGACUCUCUUGACAGCUUCACGCACACAUGAGGCAAGCUUGAUGUUGGUCGCCCGCCUUGUUGUCAACUUUUGCGAGACGGAGGAAGGCCGCGAGGUUGCGAUCAACGAGAUCUCGACCGUUUUGGAAUUCAUGAAAGACGACGCUGUCUGGCAGAGCACUAACAAGAACCUUAAGCUGGCCGUUGCCACUGUCUACAUGUCCUAUUCGACCCUGCUUUUGAAGCGCCACGACGAUGAUGCUCUGGCUAUUCAGUAUGUUGGAGUGAUUACCAAGAUCUUGGCGAAGGAGCGCGACCAGCAAGUCCAGUACCGCCUCCUUAUAGCCCUGGGCAAUCUGAUCUUUGCCCACGAGAGUGCCAAGGAGUCUGCAGCUAUUUUUGAGGUUGGGAAGGUUGUCCAAGCUGCUGUUCUUUCACGACCUACCUCGGAGAAAAUCACCACCGCACCUGUUGCAAACGAACUCGUCAAGCUGCUUUGA